CCGCGGAACGACAGGUGCGCGCCGCGGCGUUCGCCACGAAUCGCUUAGUUUCGGGUAAGCGUACGAAACGGUCGUAUCGCGUCCGUGCCGCCUGGUCUCCGGCACAGCCAGCGUCGGUCUCUCGCGGGCUCUCUCGCUCUCCUGUUCUCUGGGUCAGUAAUCGAGACGAGCGCGUUUCUCUGGCGAACGCACGCACCACGCCAUUGACACCGAUCCGAUCCGAGCCGAUCGGGACCGAUCCGAUCCACAGCCUGUCUCGUCCCGGUGCGCGGUGGUGCGCGCGACAACAGGGGUCCCCGUCCGAGCGCAACCUUCAGGAAGGAUAACACGCUCGAUCAUCGGCCCGAAAUUCCGGCGGUCCUGUCUCUCGCACUUGUCGACGCCCUGAACACCCGACUCGACGUCCUUCUCUCGCUCGCUCGUUCUCUCUCUCUCUCUCCCUCUCCCUUCCUCUCUCUCUCUCUCUCUUCCUCCCCGCUGCUUCCAGGUGACUCUCCGUCCCCCUUCUAUUUCUCUCGUUCUUACACCCUCUCGGCAGCGUCGCUCCGCACAGUAGCCCGCCGUUUAUCGAGCGUGCACGUGCUCCUCCUCGUCGUCGUCGUCGUCGUCGUCGCCGUCGUCGUCGUCGCUCGCUUCUUCUUCCUUGCGCUCCGCUGACACGCUUUUAGCAACCCGACCGGGUAACACUCGCCGCGCUUGUACACUCGAAACGAGAGUAUCUCCUUCCGGGCCAGCCGGCGUCUUUCCGCCCCCUCGAGUCCCGUGCAAACCUCUCCGGAAUCGGAUGCUCGGUAGACCGAUCUCCCCAGACUCGGGCCGGAGAACCUCGGGACCAAUGAUCGCCGUCGCGGCACCUCUAGCGACCGCCUAGUGACUCUCGGUGAACCGACGUCGCCGCCGCGACAUCCGAACUCUCUGGAUAGCGGGGAUCCUCCGACACGGGCGCAUCCGGCCCACGUUCCCCGUCGCCGACGCACCCGCAAGUAUUGUUUUGUGCUACGCGCGCCGCGCCGGGACUCUGUGAGUGUGUUUGACCGCGAGUGAAGAUACCCGCCGGAGGUCUCCGCGAUUCUCACCGUCGCCUCUGUCUUUCUCUCUCUUUCUCUCUCUGUCUGUCCGUCUAUCUGUCUGUCUAUCUGGAUCUAUCUCUGUGCGCGCAGAGAUAGAUCGUCCACGGUACAGUGGUGCGACGAAUGUGGUGCGUGAGCUGUUGAGAUACCGCGGUUUUCCGUUCGCCGUACGACGACACGACUCUUCAAGGAUGGCCGACGGACUGGGACACCGCAGGAAUAGGGGGACGCCUGCGAACAUCCUGCUGAUGGUCUUAGCCGCGCUGCACAUCCUGCACGCCGUCGAAGGGAGCAACGAGCCGUGGCUGAAGAGCGAGAAACGGGCCGAGCUCGGCACAGAGGUGGAGCUGCCGUGCGUCCUGAAAUCGCCGCAGUGCAACGGGCUGCACAGCAUCAAAUGGUAUCGCGACGCAACUCGCAUCAUCAUUUUCAGCGAGAAAGGCGGGACAACGCGCGGCAACGACGACAUCGCCGCCAGAUCGAACAUAGAGUACACGAAGAACAUGACGACGUCGUAUCUGAAGAUAACGGACGUUAAGAUCGAGGACGAGGGGCUGUACAAGUGCGAAGCUACGUAUCUGACCGUGAACCGGAAGUGCAACAACGUUCAUCAUAUUAUGCUGAACGUCACCGUGCAUCCGAAGUCCGUACGUGUCAUCGACGAGAGCACCAAGAGCCCGUUAAGCACCGGGACCACUUUAGGGCCUAUCAACGAAGGUUCCAUGAUUUCGUUGUAUUGCGAAAGCGGCGAAGGAAAACCAGUGCCUUCGGUCGAAUGGUAUAAAGACGAUCAGCUGCUGGAAGCGACGAACUCGACGACGAUCGGUGACAACGGGAUAGGUACGGCCAGUAGCCUGCUGCAGAUGCAAAUCACGCGCGAGGAGCUCGGCGCAACUUUCACGUGUAAAGUCAACAGUACAGCGCUCGUUGAACCCCUCACCGUCGACAUCAAACUGGAUGUUCACGUGCGACCGCUGAAGAUGGAUUUAAACGGGGUGGUGGGCCACGUCGUGCGAGGAACGAACAUCCUUCUGCAGUGCACGGUACGAGCGGCGAGACCCGCGGCGAAUGUCACCUGGCAGAAUGGCACCGAGUACUUGGAGAGCAACGACAGAUUCGAGAUGUUCGAGACGAAAGUGCAGGAGAACAACGACAGCACGUCGGAAACCAUAAGUUACUUGGCUUUUACCGCCACCGAGUACGACAACGGCAGGACGUUCAAGUGUUACGCCGAGAACUCGGUCACACGCUACGAAAACCUGGAGCCAAUGAAAGAGUCGACAACGAUUGAAGUUUUAUAUCCACCGACGGUGAGAAUGAGACCGCAGAACAUCACAGUGAACGAAACCGAAGACAUUCUCAUAUUUUGCGAUUACGAAGCGAACCCAGCAACGUUAACGAAUGUAACAUGGCUACGAGACGACAAGAAGAUCACCCUAACCGAGGAUCAUUAUGAAGGUGGUAUCACGGAGCAAACAGCGCUUACCGUGAAAAAUGCGACAGCCAGUGAUAUGGGGACCUACAAGUGCAUUUUAGACAAUAAAGUGGGCACAUCGGUCUCGGACGACGUCGUCGAAGUCAACGUCUUAUAUAAACCAGUGGUCGAAGUGAUAAUGGACCCAGAUACCCCGGUGAACGAGGCGGACCGUUUGAACGUCUCUUUGACCUGCGAAGUUGUUUCUGGGAAUCCGGCAAGUCUGACGGCCGUCCGUUGGUACUUGAACGGGGACCUGCUGAAAGAACUUCCGGAUUGCACGAGGAAUAGCACCGCGACCACCACGAGCACCGAGGAUCUCUGCGAUAUUGAUCCGAGCAAGCUGCUGCUGCAAGCAGUAGAUCGCGAGUUUCACGGGAACUGCUCUUGCGAAGGCAGAAACGAUGCUGGCUGGGGACCACUUUCACCGAGUGCGCCUGUCAUAGUCUAUUACAAACCAGGGCCGGCCUCGAUCUCGUACGAACCUCAGCGGGUAAUAAAGAAGGAGUCGUUGAACAUCACCUGCUCCGUCCAGGACCCGGGACUACCAAAGGUAGUUGGCUUUAAAUGGUUUCGAGGCCUUCACAGACUUCCGGAUGCAAAUAAUGCUACCCUUACCAUCGGCUCGGUUAAUUUGGAAACUGAAGCGAACUUUACUUGUCUCGCUUACAAUGAAGCCGGCGACGGGGACCCGGCCACCACGUUUAUCGACGUGUCUGCGGCGCCUGCGUUUAUCAACAAGCUGCCCUCUUAUCGCGGCUUCGUGUACAAUGCGUCGAACGUUAACAUCACGUGCUGGGUCGAGUGCGCGCCGAUCUGCAACAUUUCAUGGCUGAAGACGAACACGCGCAUAGACUUCACGAAAACGAACCGGUACUACGUGUUGAACGUCUACUACCCGCCCGAUCCGCGAAAGAACGACUUCGAGAGCAUCCAGUCGACCCUGGUGUGGAACCUGACCGCCUGGCCCGGCGGCCAGCUGGACAGGGCCGAGGACAACGUGGAGUUCACCUGUCGGAGCAGCGACAACGGCAUCGGCGAAGCGAUCAACAGCAGCACGCAUGUUCACGUCGAAUUUCCGCCGGAAAAUGUGACGAUCUCGAAGAAAAUCGUAAACGUCACGGUCGACACGAUACCGGAAACCGUGACCUGUAACGCGAACUCGCACCCGAAGCCUGCGUACCGCUGGUUGCGCGAGGGUUCCAACGACACCAUCAUGGAGGGUCGAUUCCUCGAUUUAAAGGUGCCGGCGCCGAGGCGCAGCAACGGCACUUACUAUUGCGAAGUGCGGAACCGGCACGGAAGCCGUACCAUCGCCGUGGUCUUGAACGUUCAGUUUAAGCCGGAAUGUCACGUGGAAAAGGAACAAAUAGACGGCAAGGAUUACGUAGUGUGCUCUGCGAUUGCUAAUCCGAGAGAGACCGAUUUCGUUUGGUCUUUGAAGAACGACAACGACACGUUGGAACAGGUCGCCGAGAUACGAAAUGGGAAGAGCUAUAUGCGACUGGAUACUUCGGUAACCAAUUUCCGGACAUACAUAUGUGUCGUAAACAACACCAUCGGCUAUUCGAAUCCCUGUGAACGCGACGUACCAGCUCACCACGGACAUCGAAGUCAUAUACCAUGGUGGCAUCAGCUGGAGGGAAACAUCCUGUUGAUCAUCAUCGUAUCGGCAGUCGUUCUCAUUCUUUUGAUCAUAAUCAUCUGCGUGGUGAUCUUCAUCGUCUGUCGACGCAAACGCUGCCAGAUGAAAUACAGUAAUCGGGUGGUCGAGCUGGAGGAACGCGAACAUCCAGACGGUGGGCCACCGAGCCCGACGGUGUCCUCGCACUCGACUCAGGGCCCGGCGCAUCCGGUGCACCCGGUGCAGACGACGCCGGCGCCGAGGUGGCCGCUGAAGCCCGGGGUGCUGGUGCACAUCAAUCGGACCCACAGCCUGCGGUCCGGCCUGAGCGUUCGCAACGGCGAAUCGCUGCGAAACGAGUUGAUAGCCGGACAGGCCGACGUGGCUACCACGACCGAUCGAUUCCUGAUGGAAACGACAAUCACCAAAGUGCCGGCCAAAGUGUUCCGACGGCGGAGGGACGGGCCGCAGAGGAGCCUGACUGUGACCUCUCUGAACGACGAGGGUAUGCUCGCCAGGGCUAAUAAGAUUAAGGCCAUGUUUGGAGUGCAACUUAAAGAGCAGGCUACUUUGCCCGGUAUUUCCAGGGAGAAGACAGCUGUGACUUACAAAAGAAUAGCACCACGGCAGAGGAUAUUGCAUGCGGAAUCGGCGUGCGAAUCGAAUCGGGCCAACCUCUCCCGUAAGCGAAAAAAACCAGGCGCAGAUCCCAAUCAAGCUGCGAAUAACAAUCACGUGAACAGCGUGUCGGAGGGUCUUCCGGAGUCCGGGGCGAAGACGUUCUACGAGAACCUACCCUUCCACGGGAUCCAAGCGCCGCCUAACAAGUUGGUUUCCCCUAUGUUUGCCCGAGUUUCGGCUUUGCAUGGCACGUUGCAUCAUUCCAUCGUGGCUGCGGCGUGCGGCGGCGGCGGCGGCUCGCAGCCGCUCAGCAGAACGACGUCGUUCUGCGACGCGAGUUCCGGUUACGAAUCGACCAGGAGCCACCUAGGGCCGCACUAUAGCGAUUACAACAUGCCGAGGAGUAACUCGCCGGUGCCGAGGUACAACAGCCUGAAGCCGCGCCGCCGGAAGCACAAGCGCUCGCAGUUCUACUCGCUGAGACUUUGCCGGCGGCACGAGGCCGCGCAGAACAGGAAGUAUCAGCUUUACGCCAUACCGAUAUACAAGUGUCCGCACAAGAACAGCAGCACGAGCACCCUGGCGACGAUCGUUACGCCGGACACGCCGUCAUCGACGAAUCGCCGCUCGCCGGAUUCCAGCUCCAGAUCGGAUCUCGCCGUUAAGGAGACGGCGGCGGGCCCGCCGGUCCCGGCGCCGAGGAGGUCCAGGAAAACCGAUCCCUCGAAACACACUUAUCAAAACGUCCCUCUUCCCGUUUUCCCGCCAAAAAACGCUUCGUUGCCUAAGACAAAGACCGACAGCCUAUACAACUACAAAGAACAUUAUCAGCAGCAGCACCGGCAGGAAAUGCAGCAGUACAGCUACCCGUUACCGAGCAACAGUUCGAGCCAACUAACACUGCCACUAACGCGCAGCCUCUACCACUCCUCGAUAGUUAGCCCCUUGCAAAACUCCUUCGUCCACGCUAACAAUCGUCCGUCCACCCUGCCGCACCACGAGACCGUCAAUCACCUGUCGGCGGUGCAUCCGGACGAGGACCAGCAGAACUACACGAACCACGACGGCGCGAGGCAGCCGCGGCGGCACGCCAGCCGCGGCAACGAGCGGGGCCAGAAGUACAGGAAGCACAAGAGGGCCGACCGGAAGUCGAAGCAGAGGCGGGGCGAGCGCGCCUGCGAGACCAGCUUCCAUCAGGUCCAGGAGCUCGGCAUACCCGAGACCUGUAAGAUCGCCUAUCCCCAUUACUACGAGGACAACAUCGCGGAGUGCCCGACCGAGUACCACAGGUUAAACCCGGCCGCGCGCCAGCAGAUCUGGGAACGGCGGUCGAACCGCAGCCAAGGGGAGAGCACGUAUUACGCGGACCCCGGCGGCGACACCAAGACCCGCAAUAAAUCGAAAAAUCGGCUGUCCUCGUCGUCGAAUCUCGGUGACGGACGAUCGCCGUCCGCGCCGACGAUAAUGCAGUACGCCGACCUGCACUUCCGGGACGUCGGUCAGGAGAUCGAUGUCUGAAAGCCCUUCAAGCCGGAAUUUUCGGAUCUUGACUACGCCGACGUGGACUACCGAUCCUACGGGCCGAUCAACUACAAAGCCGCCAGCAUC